ACCUCUAGUCCUCAGAUACAAAGUGUAAACAAUGUUCAGUUCUCAAGAAUAUCUUGACAGAAAGACCGGCCCGUAUGGGAUCGGCAGGUUCAGUUACUUGCAGUCGCUUGUGACAGAAUACCAGGACAUCGAUGAUCAAGAAGCGAAACAGCAAGUACUGGCUAAUCUGGCUAACUUUGCGUAUGACCCGAUAAAUUAUGACUACUUCAGGAAGCUGAAUGUACUGGACCUAUUUCUAGAUGCAUUGGAUGAGUCUGAUGAGAAGCUGGUAGAGUUUGGUGUUGGUGGUCUGUGUAACUGUGUGCUGGACAAGCUGAACAAGGAAUAUAUUCUCCAGAAUGGUGGGGUGGCACUUGUCAUCAAUUGUUUGUCUAGCCCAGUAGAGGAGACCGUGCUGUCGGCCAUCACAACACUGAUGUAUCUCAUCACAAAUGAAUCAAAGCAAGAGAUCACAGCCCUGCCUGUAGUGGAGUGUAUGCUGAGAUUCUCCAGGUCCCUCAACAAGCGGCUGUCGAAUCUAGCCCUGGUCUUCCUUCAGGACUAUUGUACCAGGUCCCAAGUCCAGGAAGCCCAAGAAGUUCAGCAGCAACAGCAACAGCAACCACCUCACCCACUCAGUGAGCAGGUCUCCUGAGCCUUGUCAUGUGUGUUCUACUCUGAUCCUUAUCCAGCAUGCUGCCCUGGAGACGAGUGGUGGAGCUGCAGGAAGACUUGCCCCACCCCUACUGUAUUUCAGAGGUGAGGACUUGUGAGAUGCUUUGCAAUGGUUUGUGGUGACACAUGGCGACCAAAGCACAUGACGGCUUGUGCAAAUGUCACAGCUAGGCCACAUGGUCACUGGAGCAAGUGAUGACUGGGUCACACAGUGACUUCAGCAAGUAAUGAGUGGCCCAUAUAGUGACUUCAGCAAGUAAUGAGUGGCCCAUAUAGUGACUUCAGCAAGUAAUGAGUGGCCCAUAUAGUGACUUCAGCAAGUAAUGAGUGGCCCAUAUAGUGACUUCAGCAAGUAAUGAGUGGCCCAUAUAGUGACUUCAGCAAGUAAUGAGUGGCCCAUAUAGUGACUUCAGCAAGUAAUGAGUGUCCCAUAUAGUGACUUCAGCAAGUAAUGAGUGGCCCAUAUAGUGACUUCAGCAAGUCAUGAAUGUCCCAUAUAGUGACUUCAGCAAGUAAUGAGUGGCCCAUAUAGUGACUUCAGCAAGUAAUGAGUGGCCCAUAUGGUGAUUUGACCAAUUGAUGACGAGGCUAUGGUGAUAUUUACCAACAAUGAUCAAAUGAUGACUCGGCGUAAUGGUAACAAGACGCAAUGGAUGACUCAGCCACAAAGUGACAACAACAAAUGGGGAUUUUAACCAACAAUGAGUCGGCCUCAUGGUAAGAGGCACAAGUGAUGCAUAUUGUGACUGGUGUACUGAACAACAUUAGCACAUAUGAAAAGGCAACAUAAAGAUGUUGGGCUUGUCAAGAAUACUGAUCCUGAAUGAAGAAACAAAAUAAAACUUCAACAAUAA